GAAGAGUAGUGAAGUGUUUUGGCAGAAACGAUAGAAAGGAACAAUAGCAGCAGCACCAGCAACAGCACCACCAACCAGAGGGUGGGUUAGUAUACUUGCUGUCCUCUUACCCAAAAUGGUUAAUAUCAAAAGUGUGUGUAGUUCCAGUACGAGAGAUCGAUUGUCGAAUAGAUUGAUGUGUGUCUGAGUAAAAAAGAUUAAGUAAAGGUAAUACGACUACCAUCUCUCAGGAUGUUUGCGCCAUACAAACCCCCUGCAAUGGUGUUAAGCAAAGAUCGGUCACGUUUUUGGGAUGUUUUCUAUUGUUAUGUUGCUGAAUCUUUUGUGAGUAGUAUCUCGCGGAUAUAUAUGUUACUAGCUGAUGUUUGUUGGAAGCCUCGAAUACUGGUUGUCCGUCACAAGGUUGCUAUGCCUACUGCGACUGAAGAGGAAAAAAGAAGAGUUUUGAAGGUUGCAAAUCGUAAUGCUUUGGAUUCGAAUGCUCAUUGGUUUUGUGAAACAAAAAGCAUUGUUCGCUGGUUUCUUCCGGUAGUGGACACUCAUUGGGCAGCUUCUUACUCUAGCUGUCCGUAGUAGCCUCUCUUCCUUUGAGAGGCUACUUACUAGAGUGUUAAUGUUGGUGGUUUUGCUUUUAUCAUUACCAAUUCAUCAUCGUACAUAACGGGGACGAAUCAAAAUGGCCAAUGGUGGCCCGCGCCCUCCCCCCCCCCCCCUCGAGCAAAGUUAUUAUCUCAGUAGUGUUAAUGCUAUCAUUGCUUAUUACAGUUACAGUUAACUAUUAAUGGGAUUAUCUAUUGAUUUAUUACUCCGUUUAGUGUUUACUUCAUUAUUACGGUUAUUAUUACGAGUUAAGAAUUAGUUUUGCAAUCAUUGCUUCUUUUUUUUUAUUACUCUUUUCUUUGCGAAACUGAUAUUACGAAGCGUCGUCCCAUAACUAUGUUAUUCUUUUUCGUAGCGAUCAUUCUAUAUGUGAGAUUUAAGGGAUAAAAAGAAGAUGUGGGAGGGCGUUUAAAACGUGGCCGCGCCUUUCCUCCUAUAUAGCUUGUGAAUGCAACGUAUUUCAAGCGUUUAAUACAGAACAUACUUCCAAAUCAGAAACAGCAAGCUAUAUAGCAGCAAGCGUGCGCGCGUGUAUACACAAGUGAGAAAGUAGCGUGCGCGCUCACGGAUAGUGAUAUGCAAGUAGCGAUUAGGCGAUGAAUCGGAGUAAGAUUUCAACGAAAGAGAGAAAGCAAGAAAGAGAGAGAGGAGAGGCGCACUUAACUGAAGCAGAAGAAACAUCACGGAACUGAGUAUUAGGUUUGACAUAAUUAGUGGCGAGGACAUGACGAUGAUAAUGAUGAUGACGAUGACGACGACGACAGGAGUGUUACAAGUGAAGCUAUCGUGCUCGUUUGUUGUAAUCGUUCACCUGCAGGGAUGAGAUAAACACGAUAUUGAUGAUGAAAUCACUUCUUACAAGAAGCCGUAGAGCAACGGAGCGAGGAGAGGAGUUCAGGGUACGUCGUCACGUUCGUGUACAUGUUUGUAGAGGCAGUAAGACACAAUAAGAACAAGUAAAACCUAUAUUUUCACAGGAAAUAUAACGCAGAAUGAUUUUCGGGCGAUGAGAAAAUAAUAUUCGAAUGCUUGUUUUGUUAUUUUUUCUCCAAAUUACUGUCGUUAAGGUUUUGCAUGCAUUUCUCCUGAGUUUCACUGGAAUUUUGUUUUCGUUACUGUUGUUUUUUGGUGGGGUUUAUUUGUUUGGUAGUUCGCUUACAUCGAAUCCGUGUGAUGAGGUCUUCCAUUCGUAUGAGUAUGUGUGCGUGUGAGCGUUUUUGGUUUUUUGGUGAAUUGUUAGCAACUCACUUUACCCAAUCAAACAUGAACUGGUGUAGGGUACAACACGAAAAUGCUCUGAUAGCAUCACGUUCGUUGUUGUGUAUGAUUUCAUUGACAUCAUCUUAAUUCAAUCGAUUACUGUACUCGUUUCAGUUGCUUAUUUCAUUUUUUUCUGUUCUUUGGAAAGCAAAGUGAACUUGGAUAUGAGUGUAGUAGUUCGGAUUCAGAUUCGACAAAGGUGCAGCUGCGUUUGUUACUGUUUUGUUCCAUUAGCAUUAUUAGUGUGAACAAAUGCGCAUUUAUUAGAGAAUGGUAGCUGCACUGUGACCUCGAGCUCGAUCAAAUUUUGUGGCGAACUUCCUCCUUUCGGUCUUUUUUGGUCGGGCAAGUGCAAAACUACUGCUUGCAUAUGAAGAGAGAUCGUUGAACAAACCAUACAGGGAAUCUCGCAAGUUUAUUCGUAAAACAUGAGAUAAAAACGUAACACACGAACUUCAUACGCGCAACAGAAGCAAAGCAAACGGAACGGAAUGGAAAUUAGCUGGUCGCGUCCCGAGAGACCGAACUCACUCCCUUCCGUUUUCGCAUUCGAUGAAACUAACAUUCGUAGAAUGGAGGGAUCAUCUCGAAUCAGCCCUCGAAAGUUCGGGUUGGUGGCGCAAAUACAGCACUCUACCGAGAAAUAGAAAAGUAAUGCAAAAUUCGUCCUUUAGGAAAACGCAGAUAUAAUAACCACCCUGAGUGUAGAUGUAAGUGUAGCGAGAGAGAGAAACAAGAAAAGAAAAGAAAAUGUGUAUUAUAUGUAGCUUAAAACAAGAACAAACAGAAGAAAGAAAAUAGUACUGAAACCAGUCGAAGAAAUGGAUAGGGAGGGGGGGAGAUGCAGAGGUGUAUGAAUAGUGUAAGUUAUGCGAUUCGUUUCCUGCAGUCAGAGAGUAGAUUUAGUUAACAUUGUCCAAAAACAGCUGUGUCCUGUUAAUUGCUUCGCAGCCUUUCGGGGUGAGAUCGUAAGCGAGGGAGCAAGAGCGGAGAAAAGGAACAGGCUAACGACAAAGAUGCUUCCGUUUGUGUAAUGUGUCGGUAUCGAGAUCAGCUAAUAGCAGACUGCUAACAUGAAACAUACCACUACGCGAUGUAAAUGCACGCACGCAAGAGACGCCGGUUUGUUAACGUUUUUCGUUUAGAUGAGAACAAUCGCAUAGAAAACGUGUUUACGUUAUAGUGUUACAAACGAAACCCGCUGUCGCUACACGGCCCCGCGCGAUAUGGCACUAGGUCAUUAGAAGUUUCUAAUACCAGACACCGCCACCGCAUGUAGCAGAGCAGAAGCUUAUAGUAAAGAUCCUAAUAUCUUACGCGGCUUUAUUUGAUUUCUAGCGACUUUGUCGCGGUGCGGCACUAGCACAAGUAUGUUAAACAAGAAAUCUUCCUCCAAAAAGGCGCUUCCGGAAGCAAAAUGAACUAGUGACGUGCUCUUCUGUAUCUACCCUGUUGUUUUCGUUCGGUUUUGUCCAUGCUUCUGUUCACUGUACGUUAUAGUAUAGAAUUUAUACUUAAUUUAUCCGAUAAUCAUACAUCUCUUCCACAGACCAAGCAUUAUGUAUUUUCUUUUUACGAGAAGGCAUCCAGCAAAACAGUGGUCGGCAUUGUUAAUCUGAUAUUAUUAUUCACGGAUAGAAGUUGAGGUGAUUAGAGGGCGCGAAGAGUUAUGUAGUGCAAGACACGUGGACAGUUUGUUUAUCGUAACAGCGGAAAUCUUACCCCCAAAAAUCAUGAAACAGCUGUAUCGAGAAGCCCCCCGAAAACUGGUAUCGCGGAGGCACAGGAAAGCCAAUCAACAAUACCUAUUAUCAAUAAUAUACGAUAGUAAACUAACUGUGUAAUAUCGGCAAUAAUGGUUAACCUUCCCCCACACACUCUCUCUCUCUCUAUCUCUCGUUGGUGUCCGUUGGUUGGUCACAUACAGAACACACACAAAUACACGAGUGGACGAAAGAUGGGUUGUUUGUGUGCGGAGUAGAGCGUUAGGGUACCGGUUGGAGCAAAUCAAAAUAGAUAUCCAUUCGCACACCACUGCUCUUGCUGUGUGGCCCGAUAACAAUGGAACUCCUGUGGCUUGUACCGAGCACACUAGCGACGCCGUAGCUUUGCAUAGCGAACGUAUCCACCUCUCCAGGUUGCUAUGGACACGCGAGAGAUCGUGCAUGCGCCGGGCAAAAUCAAAGUAGACAGAUCAAAAUGGCGUAGCAGGAACGAAACCAUAAACCGUAGCUCUCCCAAAAAAAAAAAAAACAGGACAUGUAAUAAACAAAGGCAUCUUAUCCCAACCCCAUCAGCAUUCGCAAAUAAAUGGGGUGUGCACGCGCGCACGCGAUACCGUUCGCAUACCAUGGCGCAAGUGCGGUUGAGCAGGAGAAGAUAAAUAAUGACCGAAACUGAUAUGUGUACAAACUGUAAAAGAAGAUUUAAAAAAGGUAUAUAUACAUGCAAAACCACUAUAUUAUAUAUAUACAAAAAUAUAUAUAAUGACAUACAUGUGGCGAUAAAAACAGAAACAACAUUAAAAACGACGGAUA